AUGCCCGGCAAGAUUCGAACCGCACAAACCGUCUCCCUUGACAUCCCAGCUGCAGAGCAACCGGGAUUGCAUAAUCGAUGGCAUCCCGAUGUUCCGACAAUUGGCAGCAUCGAGCCUGGAGAGACUGUCAAAAUCGAGUGUGUCGACUGGACCGGCGGCCAGAUCGGGAAUAACGACAGUGCUGAGGAUGUACGCACCGUGGAUCUGACCAAGAUUCACUACUUGACUGGCCCAUUCGAAAUCAAGGGCGCCGAGCCAGGCGACUUGCUGGUUGUAAACAUUACCGAUGUCCAGCCGUUUGAGGACUCGCCAUGGGGAUUUACAGGCAUCUUUGAUCGCAAGAAUGGCGGUGGGUUUCUGGACGAGCAUUACCCAAAGGCUGCCAAGGCGAUCUGGGACUUUGACGGCAUAUAUUGCACCAGCAGACACAUUCCCGGAGUGCGGUUCGCGGGCCUGAUUCACCCCGGGAUCCUUGGGUGUGCCCCGUCGCACGAGGUUUUGGCCGAAUGGAACCGCCGCGAAGCUGAUCUCAUCUCAACAUGCGUCCAUAGUCAUCCCGAGAAAGUAGUUGCUCAACCACCACUUGCGGUGAAUGCGCACGCCGGCCAAGCCACUGGAGAUCUCAAAGCGAAGAUUGCUCGUGAAGGAGCCAGGACCAUUCCCGGACGGCCAGAGCACGGAGGAAACGUGGACAUCAACAACAUCUCGAGAGGAUCGACGACGUACCUUCCAGUACACGUCCCAGGCGCAAAGUUCUCAGUUGGCGAUCUCCAUUUUAGCCAGGGCGAUGGCGAGAUUAGCUUCUGCGGUGCGAUUGAGAUCGCAGGAACCAUCACCAUCAAGUUCGACCUCAUCAAGAACGGCGUCCAAUCGCGAGCCAUCAAGAGCCCCGUGUUCCGGCCCGGCGAUGUAGCCCCUAAUUUCGGCCCUGGCCGAUACCUGACGUUUGAGGGCUUCUCCGUCGACGAGAAUGGCAAGCAGCACUUUCUGGAUGCAACGGUAGCCUAUCGACAGGCCUGUCUCCGUGCAAUUGAGUACCUCAAGCAGUUUGGAUACUCUGGAGAGCAAAUCUAUCUUCUGCUAUCGUGCGCCCCGAUCAAAGGCUCCAUCGCGGGCAUUGUAGACGUUCCGAAUGUCUGCACAACAUUAGGGAUUCCCAUGGACAUAUUCGACUUUGACAUUUCCGUCGAAGCCGUGCCGAGGAAGCGAGACCUUGGAUCUUGCCCCAUUUCAAGCGUGUAA